GCAAUCUCGACUUCAGUUGGUCUAGAGGGAGAGGUUGAGCACACCCGAAUCCACAGCUGCCAAGUCUCGCAUCUCUGAACACCAAAGGGGCCAACGCAGGAGGCGACAUCGUCACCUCGGCUGACAGUCCACGGCAGAUCUCCAGCGGUGCGAGGCUGUCGGAAGGCCGCAGAGGUCUCAUUUCGAGUACCCCAUGGCCCGUCGCCACCAGUCUUCCAGGCCAGUCUGCCGCAUGAGUGUUCCAACCUCGUUCAUCUUCUCUACCAGGACCACCCCUGGCCCUGUAAAUGAUAUGAACUCGGAGAGCGUCUUGUGCAUCCUCAAAUCGACGUCAGCGAGCCCCGUUGAGUGGUCUGCAAGUGUGCAGGAGGCCCAUCUCAGCGACUUAAUUCCGUACGCAUACGUGCUCACGUUUUCCUCCUUCCCUUCAACGGCAAGCACGCCUGGGUAGCCGAUUUUGCAAAUUCCGUACAAUCCCAGCUCGCGUGCCUCCUUGCGUAUGAAGGCUUUCUUUUUUUCAGAUAGAAUGUGA